GUAAACAACGACAGUGCAUCUUCUUCCUCUCUCCUUGUGCUUUCUCUCUCUUCUCAUGCGCUUUCUCGCUCUUCUUGUUCGCUCUCCCACGCCUCGUCUGCUAGGAAUUUGUGCGAAACCACAUCGAUUCUUGAUAAAUUUAGGUUUUAUUUUCUACAAUCUUAUGUUUUAUUUUGUUGGAUCUUCUUGGUAAAUAUCUGAUUUUCCUUCAGAUUUUGUUUUUUUCCCUUAAAUUGGCCUAACUUUCCUUCAAAUUGGCCCAAUUUUCUUUCUAUAAUGUAUUUUGUUUCCAAUUGAUUUUCGAAGUUAUAUGCAUGCUUUGAUAGAUCUGUAAAUUUUUAUCUAAUAUGAUUUGCAAUGUUUAUUUCAUUCUUGAUAAUUUCUAAAUUUGUGUAAGAUUAUCUUAAAAACCUAAAAUCCUGAAUUAAUUGUUCAGAUCAAUUGUUCACUGCAAAGAAAGGAGCAAUUUUGUUCUAGACAUGUUGCUGUUAGUAAGCUAAUAGUGUAGUUGUUCAAUUUUUUACUAGCCUUAAUUGCUUGCUUUUGCAUAUUUCAAUCAAAUGAUUUAUUGUUGUUGACUUUCCCUAAUUCUGAAAAUUUCCGAGAAUUGAUUUAGCUCUGCAACUGUAACUCAAAGUUGGCUGCAUCUUUGACUUGAAUAAACUCUACCAAUGUGCUUUGUAACUUGCAAGAAGUCUGAAUUCCAAAGGACAAGACAAAGAGUUGUGAAAGAAAUUUCAGAAUUAUGAGGUCUGAUGCAAUUUCUGAUGCUCGUGCUUGCGGGCCUUACAGGAACUCUUCCAAGAAGAAGAGGGGGAGCAAACAUGGGAAAUCAAAACAAAACAAGGUCGAUGUUACAAGAGAUCAAAGAUUAUCUCAAGUGGAUGACUAUGUUGGUGGAGAAUUCGAACUUUCUCAAUCCAUUCCAAAUGGCCACGAGAGGGACACAAUGCAGGACAAUCUGGCUGUGAAUGCAAGAAAACACAAGGAUGAGAUACCGAUAUCAUGUAACGAUGAUGCUGUGUCUCGGAUGAAUGGCUCGAGUAUCAGAAGAUUAUAUCACAAUAGCAGUAGUGCCAGUUGCUCUAGUAGUUGCUGUGAAAUGGAUGAUAGGUGUUUAGAUGAUUGGGAAGCAGUGGCAGAUGCUUUGGCAGCAGAAAACAGACACACUUCAGAUAUGGAACACCAUGCUUCAGAAACAGAAUCUGCUGGUGUAAAUUGUCGAUAUCAAGGGAACAGCGCGCUUGGAGCCUGUAUGAUGUUGAUCGUCCUAGAAGUUUGCCUGGCCUUCCAAAGCUGCAGCAGUAUAAUCAAAAUCAGCUGACUUCAGAACACUGCUUUUCGAGUGGACCUUCUGCUUGUCCGAUUUGUUGUGAGGAUUUUGAUGUUACAGACUUGAGCUUCUUCCCUUGCCCUUGUGGUUUUCAGCUUUGCCUGUUCUGUCACAAAAAGAUACUCGAGGUAGAUGGGCGUUGUCCUGGCUGCAGAAAGCAGUAUGAUUCUUCAAACGCUGAUGCAGCUUUAGCAGUUCAGCCGAAUGAUUUUUGCAGCAAGUAAGCAUGGUUUUAAGACUUGGUUCUGUAGAUCAUGCGGUGUAUAUGAGGAGUGUCUUUCAUGUUUCCUGAUACUUUACAAAGUUCGGCUUGACUGUGUUUUUCUUAAGUACCUAUAUCAUUGGGAUGAAUUAGCUGAGGAAUUAUGUUAGGCCUGUGAAGCAUUCAUUUCUUGGUGAUGUUUGCAUAUGCUGAUAUAUGGAUUUUAGCAUUAGAAACUAAUUAACAAGAUUACAAUCUUUGUUUAUACAUUGUGGCCGUGCCUUAUGGACACCCCCACCCCCCCCCCCCCCCCAAAAUAAAUAAAAAAAAACACCUUAUAAAAGCUACUGUUUCUGUACACAUUAGUUAUCAUACUUAUAUGCAUUA